GGGGCCGGGGAACUGGCCGUGCCCGUUCUGGGCGGGGGAGCUGGACGACUGGCUGCUGCCCCCCGUGCUGGAGUGGACCGACCCGGGCGGGGGCGUCUCCAUCCAGUUCCAGGCCACGUUCGUGCAGCCCGAGUGCGGCAAGCGGAUCAACUCCGGCGUCUGGCCCUGCGGCCGCGGCGGCGCCGCAGAUCUGCCGCUGGUGUUCUUCUUCGGCGGCAUGGACUGCCCGCCAGGCAUGGAGGGCUUCGGGCUCCGGAGCUUCGCGGCCUCGUCUCCGCUGCCCUGCGUCCUGGUCUGCCCGCUCCGCCCGAGGGGCACGUGGUGGGUGCUGGACGCGGGCGGGGACUUCGGCUACAUCGACGGGCGGCUCCGGCCGGAGGUGGUCGAGGCGUACGCCGCGUGGAUGCGCUUCCUCGGUCGCGCCGCGCGAGAGGAGGGCGGCGUCGACGGCGAGCGCCUGCGGGCCAUGGGCUUCUCGGCCGGGGCCUACGCCCUGACGGAGAUCCUGGCGGCCAGCCGCGAGCCCCUGGUCUGGUGCCUGGCGCUCGGCGGCCUGCACGGCCACGGCCAGCCCGAGGCAGAGGGCAUCGGCGAGGGCUGGCGCCGGCAGAGCGCCGUGGAGAAUUUCGGCGCGUACCUGGAGCGCGUCGGGCGGCACCCCGGCGUGCCGGGCGGGCUCUUCUCGGCGGGCGCACGGCGGUGCAACGCAGCAUCCCGCAGCGGGAGGGUGGUAAUCAAGCAGUGGCGAAGCGUCCUGGCUCGCAUAUAG